AUGAGUGCGCCCCCUCCGCCCCCGCCUCAUGGCGAGAUGCCGCGGUCGGGUGGUCUUCCUCCAGGCAAAUAUGACAUUUUUGUAAUCCCUGAACACUCAGCUGGCUCUGGGUUUCUCUAUCUGCCGUCUCUGCAGCCCAAUAUCAACAGUUUUGUCGCCGGCUUCGCCUCGGCCCUGAUACUCGUGGCGCUGUGUCAAAGCAUGGCGCCUGCGUUUCGUGCCUGGUGGGAUAGCUUCCAAGGUCUCGGCAACAUGGGCAUAACCCUUCUGAUUAUUGGUGUUGGUUUUGGCGCCUGGGCUCUCGGGCGCACGCAAAACGAUUCGGGCUCCUCUUCCAGUUCCAAGUCCAAGGCAUCCGGUUCUCCUCCCCCUCCUCCACCACACUCUGGCACAAGGGCCGGACCUGCUCCCGGCGGCUAUGCCUCCACGCCGCCGCCCAACAAUCCGCCACCAAACAACCCGCCUCCAAAUAGCCCCCCUCCCAAUGACCCGCCGCCUCAAUCACCACCACCUCCCCCCCCUCCUCGAAACGCGGGCGCCGAGAAGCCCCAAUCAUCCUGGCAGAAGCCGCCACCUCCGACCGGGAAUAAGAGACCGGAGAAUCCCAAACCAUCAGCCAAGGGCUCCUGGGAAAAGGCACGAGAUGAGAUGAGAAAGAAGGAAGAGGAGCGAAAAGCCAAAGAAGCUGAGCAGAAGCGCCGUGAGGAGCUCGCCAAACGCCUGGCAGAACUUCGUGCCAAGGAAGCAAAGGAGAGAAUGGAACGCGAAAAGGAGAAGCAACGGAAGGAGAAAGAAAUCGCCGACAAAAACGGAAAAGAGGCCAAAAUUGCAGAGGCCAAGGCUGCGGCGGCCAAGGUUGCAGAAGCCAAAGCUGCCCAAGCCAAAGCGGCAGAGGUUAAAACUGCUGCAGAGAAGGCUGCCGCUGAGAAGGCAAAAGCGGCAGCACCGACACAAAUACCUUCGCCGACAACGGAUCGUGUCGGAAGCAGUUAUGCCUAUUCUGGCGUUGGGGAGAAAAUGAGCAUGUGGCCUAAUGGAAAGCCUCCAGCACCGAGUUCUAUCACAUCAAAGGCACCAUCGAGCCCACCUAAGAAGCAACCACCAGCGCCGACCGCGAGGACAUUUGUUAGUACUGACGAAGACUCGUUCUCAUACCGCCCAUACGAUAAGCCAAGGAGACGCCAACGAAGGAAUUCGGGGGGCUCGAUGGCCUCGGAUGGCUCCUGGGCACCCUCUCACACAACAGCCCACACGUCCCCUCCACCUUCUAUGCGUGGUCCGUAUACCACCAAAGAUCCAGACAAGAUUGUCAUACAGGCAGUUUACCUGUUUAUGAACCAAUAUGCCAAGACACCCGCGAGCCAACUCAUAUCGGGCGUGGGAACCGUCACGGACGGUCUUAUCUUGCGAAUCACCACUGAAGGUCUCUUCAUUGACGAUGACGUUCGCGGUGUACCACAACGCGAAUGGGACGUCAAGGCAUGGACCCUCAAAUUGGUCGAGGUAUGGUGCCCCCCGCACUGUUUGAAUUAUGCGUCUUCUUCGAUCCCCCACCCCAACAACAAGAGUGCGAAUCUGCUUUACAAGAUGGCGACAGGCCGUGCACGCGCAGGAGACAGAGAUCCUAACAAGCCAUUUAUUGGCGAAGAUGCGGACAUGUAUCUGACUGAGAUGCUCAAGGCGUGCAAGGACUGUUGCCGUCUCGGUCUUUGCGAGCAAAAAUUUGGCAAAACUAACACCUCUCCGACUGGCCAGUCCGGCGAGUGGAAAGCCAGAGGGCUCCAUUUGCUUCGUGCGACAGUUCGUGACCAGGACGGCAAACGAUAUCUCUUUGUAAUCGACGAGUCCGAAAACUGGAAGGUCGGCGCAUCGCUCCAGCGCCUGCGCCGCGGCGCUCAAGCACGACAACUGGGUGUCUGCAGCAUGACGGCGUCCGAAGCAAAGAAUAAUCUGGAGACGCUGGGCUGGGCUGCGUAG